GGUCCCCGGCGCCGGUCCGUAGAGCCGGGCGCCGAGGCCUGGGGCUGGGAUGCGAGAGGCCGCGGGCUCCCGGCGGCAGCGGCUCCUGUGAGUAGCGGCGACUGCAGCGCGGGCGGGCGGGCGAGGUCAGCGGACGCCGUCGGCGGCUGGCCGUGUCGGCCGCGGGAUGAGGAAGCGGACCGAGCCCGUCGCCUUGGAGCAUGAGCGCUGCGCCGCUUCGGGCUCGUCCUCCUCCGGCUCGGUCGCCGCGGCGCUGGACGCCGACUGCCGCCUGAAGCAGAACCUGCGCCUGGCGGGCAAGGGGCCGGCAGAGCCGCGCUGCGCUGCGGACACGGGCAUGAAGCGGCCGCUGGGCAGGCGAAAGGGCCUGUGGUUCCGACUGAGGAAGAUACUUCUCUGUGUUCUGGGGUUGUAUGUUGCCAUUCCAUUUCUCAUCAAACUAUGUCCUGGGAUACAGGCCAAACUGAUUUUCUUGAAUUUUGUGAGGGUUCCCUAUUUCAUUGACUUGAAAAAACCGCAGGAUCAAGGUUUGAAUCACACAUGUAAUUACUACCUCCAGCCAGAGGAAGACGUGACCAUUGGAGUCUGGCACACUGUCCCCGCUGUCUGGUGGAAGGAUGCCCAAGGAAAGGACCAGAUGUGGUAUGAGGACACCUUGGCUUCCAGCCGCCCUAUCAUCCUGUACCUGCACGGGAAUGCAGGCACAAGAGGAGGUGACCACCGGGUGGAACUAUACAAGGUGCUGAGUUCCCUUGGUUACCAUGUGGUCACCUUUGACUACAGAGGUUGGGGUGACUCAGUAGGAACGCCAUCGGAGCGAGGCAUGACGUAUGACGCACUUCAUGUUUUUGACUGGAUCAAAGCAAGAAGUGGAGACAACUCCGUGUAUAUUUGGGGUCAUUCCCUAGGCACUGGAGUGGCAACAAAUCUGGUGCGGCGCCUCUGCGAGCGAGAGACACCUCCAGAUGCCCUUAUAUUGGAAUCUCCAUUCACUAAUAUACGUGAAGAAGCUAAGAGCCAUCCGUUCUCAGUGAUAUAUCGAUACUUUCCUGGGUUUGACUGGUUCUUCCUUGACCCCAUUACAAGCAGUGGAAUUAAAUUUGCAAAUGAUGAAAAUGUGAAGCACAUCUCCUGCUCGCUGCUCAUCCUGCACGCUGAGGACGACCCGGUCGUGCCCUUCCAGCUUGGCCGAAAGCAGGGAGACCACCAGGCAGGGCUGCCAUCUGUGGUGCCGACCUGUCUCUCCCUCGUCCCAGCUCUACAACAUCGCUGCUCCAUCCCGAAGCUUCCGAGACUUCAAAGUUCAGUUUAUCCCCUUUCACUCAGACCUCGGCUACAGGCACAAGUAUAUCUACAAGAGCCCUGAGCUUCCACGGAUACUGAGGGAAUUCCUGGGGAAGUCAGAACCCGGGCGCCAGCACUGAGUCUUGCUGCCUGAAGGAGCAUGAAGACCUCUGCCCUCCUCCCCUUUGCUCCGGCCAGCCUGGCACCCUGGGGCCCAGGGCUGCCAGUGUCUUCAGUGCCCCCGGAGAGAGGACUCGGAUGUCAGCUGGGGCAGGCGGAGGAGGCCCGGCAGACCUGAGGCACCUGCCUUGGGUGGCUGGGAGGUUGGAUCUUUGUGGAAAACACAGGUUGCAGGCAUGGGAUCCCCUCUCCGUUUUGUUGCCACUCAACCCGAGCUCUUAUUGGGAAGACAGUGACAGAGCAGGCCAGCUGCCGGCUGGUCAAUCCCACACUUGCUGAGCUGGGCAGGGGGAGCCCAGGGCAGGAGGCGUGGGGUCUCGGGACCACACUGAGCUUUCCAGUACCACCAGUGAGAUUGUGGCCAGAUGAGUUCUUCUGUCCCUUCCGGGCACAUGCAGAAUGGACUGGAAUGGUUCCGUCAGCCCCUCGCACCCGGAGCACCCUGCUUGCCUACCUUGGCGGUUCCUGUCUCCCCGGGCAGGCCCCCACUGCUCACAGCGGGGGAGGUGCCUGUGACCUGCACUUCCUCCACUUUCUGCCCACUUGUCCGCCUAACCUGGCCUUAGACUGAGCAUUUAUUUAAGAAUAAAAUCGUGGUGGUGGUCUAUCUGCUGUGUUCUCAGUGACACCUCCAGCUGCCCCCAGGCCAUGCUCAGAGCCCAGCCUGUGGGAGGAGGGCCAGCUCUGUAAGGCCAAGGAUCCUGGGCCUUCCUUUCCUCCUCCUUUCCAGAUGUGGAGGCCCGUGCAAGGAGGGGUGUCGUUCCAGGACAAGGUGUGUUCAAGGGGGGGACCACUUCUCCAGAUGGGACAGAGGGCGUGUUCUUAAAUACAGGCCCCCUUCAACAUCACGCUGUAGCAAGCUUGCUGGAUGUUGGUAUCGGUCGGCAGGCUCUGGGGUUUUACCCAUAGACCCCAAAUGAGCCCCUGGCAUGAGUUCAUGGAAAGACAUGGGGCACUAGAGUGUGGGGUCUCUAGUUCUAGCCCACGAGCACCACCUCGUUCACUCACUGGGGGGGGGGGGGGGGGGGCUCUUGUGUUUUUCAGCUUUUUGUCAAAUCAGUCUCCCCUGCACUUCUUCUGCCCCCCCUUCCCUGCACUUCUGCUGCCCCCACUUGGCACCUCUAAAGAUCCUGCUUCUCAUCGGCCCCAGUGCUGAAGGGCCAGAUUCUUGGAUGCCAGCUAAGUAACCCGAGAGAGAGAAGGUGCAUGGUUCAAUAAGAAAGGGGGUUUCAAGCUGCCCCCCCCCCCAGAGGACUGUCCACCCCCUGCAGCACAGGUACAGAGGCGUGACACACAACAGAGGAUGCAAGCCCACCUGGGACCCACUUCUCCUGAUGGCUGGACUUCUCCCAAGUCCUGUCUUGGCAGCUCAGAAAUUCCCCGGGGUGUACAGAGGGCUUCAUUCGCCGGCCUGCCUGUUCUUCAAGGUCUGUGGUCUCUAGUAGCAGCUGUGGGCAGGCUGGGGGGCCCAGAUGCCAAGGCAGGGGACACCUCAUUUUUGAGGCAUCUUCAACUUGCCUACAGUGAUUCUCACAUCGGGGAAACCAUGCCUUUCUUAAAUGGGUUGAAAUGUGAACCAACUCUCCUGAGGUCAGUUUGUCAUCCUGUUUCAUGUAUGUGAGCCGCCACAGGUCCUUAUGGGGGGGGGGGGGGGGAGAUAAGACAGGAAGUAAGUAAAAUACAGGCUGUUGGUAUUUUGAUAGGUGUCUUGACAGGCAGACUGAAGCAGACUGAAGAGGAGAAAGCACCGAAGGGGCUGGUGAGCUGCUGGGCCAUCAGGUUGGCUAAUCAGGUCCAGAUGCCCCCACCUGCUGGCCUCUUAGAUUAUUAACUAAGCUUAAACUGUGGGCUAGGACAGACCUCUGCUGAUUGCAAAACCAGUCCUUG